AUGCUUUCGAGAAAGUGCCUGUUGCUGCUGGCCUGUUCCUGGACGCUCCUCCAAAGCGUCGCGGCUGCUCCAGAUGUCGCUCUGGAGCCAGGUCUUGAUGAUCGCAGCCGUUUGGAGGAACGAGACCUGGAAGAGCGUCAUAACCAUCCCGGCCUGGAGAGCUCACUGCUUUCGGUUAUAACCGAGGAGAUGGCAUCCUCGACUGAACACCCCAGUGGUGGCGGUGGAACUACAUCGCCAACUGGUAGUGGUGAGACGACCUCCCCGACUGGUGGUAGUGAAACAACCACCACCGAAGGUGGAGGUACUUCUCCUACUGGAGGAAGUGGAACCUCACCAACCGGUGGCACCGAGACCGGGACUGGCACUAUUAGUCCUUCAACUAGCGCUCCAACCGGUCCAUCUACAGGUCCCUCAACUGGCACUGUCGAAAAAUCCACCACCCCCUCGACCAGUGGCCCCGAGAUAUCUACUGGCCCUGGAACCACUUCUUCCACAGGUGGUGGUGGCUCUUCUACCACUGCUAGCCCCUCAACAAGUCCCAGCACUGGACCUUCAACCACUGGCCCAGAAACCUCGCCCGGUGAAUCUACCUCUCCCAGUGGAGCCAGUGAAACAACUGCCACCCAGCCUUCAACCACUGCAACCUCUACCACCUCCCCUACUAGCGGUGGCGGAAGUGAGACCCCAAGCAGUGGCGGCCAGACUUCCCCCACUGGCGGCGGAGGCACUACCGGACAACCCAGCUCUACGCCUUCUACCACUGGCGGUGGUGGAGGCGGUACAACCGAACAGCCUAGUACUACUAGUCAUCCAUCUACCACUGGUGGUGGAGGCGGCGGUACUACCGAACAGCCCAGUACUACUAGUCAUCCUUCUACCCCUACUGGCGGUGGAGGUGGUGGUACUGAGCAUCCUUCUCACACCACUGAAGGAGGAGGCGGUGGUGGUACCCCGACACCAGGUGGUUCUGGAGGUGGUAGUGCAUGCCCAUCCGGCCCCAAGCAGACUGUUGUUGUCCCCGUCAAGCCUGUUACCGUGACUUGUCCUCCUGCUGUGACUGUCACCGUGACUGCUACUCCAUCUUCUGGUGGUGGAUGUCCUUGUACCACUGAAGGUGGAGGUAGUCCAGGUGGUGGUGGUGGAGGAAAUCCAGGCGGCGGCGGAGGUAACCCAGGUGGUAGUGGUGGUGGAGGAAGCCCAGGAGGCGGCGGCAGUGGUGGUAACCCAGGAGGAGGAGGAGGAGGAGGAGGAGGAGGAGGAGGAGGAGGAGGAGGAGGAGGUGGGGGUGGUGGUGGUGGUGGUGGAAAUCCAACAGGAGGAGGUGGUAACCCGACAGGGGGUGGUGGUGGUGGUGGUGGAGGAGGAGGAACCACAACUGGAGGCGGCGGUGGUCCAACCACAGGCGGAAGCAGCUCAACAAGAGUCCCCCCCAGCAGCAGCGGCGAAGUCUCGUCAUCCACCAGAACCAGAACAAGCACCAGCACCAGCACACGUACCUCGACCCCCUUCAUCCCAACCAGCACCAGAGAGAGAACCAGCAAAACCACAACCUCGACUCCUGUGAGCAGAACUACUGCCCCAACCUUGACCACCUCGACGUCCAAGCCAGAGACCAAAUCGGAGACCAAGUCUAGCACCAAGUCUGGCCAGGUCAAGCCAACCCCGCGGGCACAUGUAGUCCCUGAUAUUGUUCGACGAGCCGCAGUUGGAAACACUACAACCACAUUCAGUAACUCGACCCUGUCGAACACGACUAUUCCUGUGAACGGCACUGAAACUCCGCCUGAGCAAGCUACUGAGCCUGCACCUGUCUUCUUGCCUCGAUUCCACCGUGGUCGAUUCAGGGCUUAG